AUGGAGUUGUGGCCUGUGGUCUCAGUGUCACCUGCCCGGAUUGGCUACCAUGUGGAAAAGACUGAUUAUGAAAUCCUUCGUCCUAAGCUUUCAAAUGGGCCAACCUUUGGCUUGCUUGUAUUGGCUUUAAAGGUGAAGCUUCUAACUGCCUUCACUGUUAUUGGACAAUCAUUAUUUUACAAAGGUCUUCCAAAGAAGACUUUCACAGAGCCAAAAAGUUUGGAGUGA